UCUUUCCUUCUUUCCUUCUUUUCCUUCUCGUGAUUGAUUGUCAACGACUUUAUUUCCUCUUUGUAUCCCCUCUCUCUUUCUCUCUAUUCUGGAAUGACCACCUGCUGAAGACAGCACCCACCCAUCUCUUCCACCCUUCCAUCCUUCUCUCCUUUCUUCACUUCUUACUCAUUCCUCUACUUCACUGUUGCAUCUUGGAGUUUUUUUAUUAUUAUUCACGUUCCAACUGUAGGCCAUGGGCGGAAUCAUCUCUCGACUUCGUCAGAGCAACGACUCUGACUAUGAAAGGAUCCUAUCGGACCUUGACAGCAACAUUCGGAAGGCUGAACUGCGACUCUCAGCCAUCCAUUUCAGGGAAAAGCGACUGAUGGGCCGCUGGCUGUUUUACGGCGCCUUGCUCUGGAUUGGAUACACUACAGUCUUUGUGCUCUACCUCAACCAACAGUACCAUGAUAACCCUCAAACCUGGGCAUUGGCGCUUGCUCCUGUGGUCAUUGGUCUACCAAUAAUUUAUGCGGGCCGAUCGGUGAUCAACGUCUGGUACAAGCGUGCAAAGACCAAUGAAGAGUCGCAGCUCAGUAUGCUGAGAGCAGACCAAAGGCUCAAGGUCGAGGAGCUCAAGAAGAAGACCGCGUACUACUCCACAAAGACCUUGCUCGAGCGAUACGACCCUUCAUCACAACGAUCCAAUGGCCCAAGGACUGGACCUGAUGGACGACCCAUUGCUCCCUCUCAGAAUGGACAGCCCAAAACACAACAGACCAAUAUGAUGGACCCUGGCCUGAGACAGCGUCAAGGCCCUGGCAUCAUGAAUUCCCAGGGCAUUCCUGCGGGUCCAGGACGUCCAAUAGGGGUUUCAUCUGGAGCUCAACAUCAUCAGCAGUCGCAAAUGAGACAUGGCCCCCAGAAUACUCCCAGAGGACCACAAGGACCUUAUCCUCAACAGCCUUCUUUCCCAUCCGGACCGUCGCCCUAUGGCUCGACUAAUACUGAGAGGCAUUGGUACGACAAGAUUGUGGACGUGAUUGUUGGCGACGAAGGCCCUGAUACUAAAUACGCGCUCAUUUGCGGACAGUGCCACGCACACAAUGGCCUUGCGCUGCCUCAGGAAAUUGACGAUAUUCAAUAUGUCUGUCCCAAGUGCAACUUUUUCAAUCAGUCGCGGAGGAAAACACGCUUGGCUGUAGCUGGAAUCAAUCCCCUCUCUACUUCUGAUAUGACCUUGCUUCAGGCACAGGCAAAACCACUCCCUGUGUCUCGAGAGCCUUCGCCCGCCCCAUCUACUGGACGCUUACCUUUUCCUGAGCACCGCGAUCAUCUUCACUAUGUUCAGAACGGACCUGAGCCUGCAGUAGGCAGCCCUGAGCCUGUUUCAGCCUUCCCUCUUACAGUGGAUGCCCUGAGCCAUUCCGAGACCGAUGACAUUGAGUUUGCCAACAACUGGAAUGACAGCGAUGUCGAGGGCGUGAACCAUGACGAAGGCGAGGAUUAUGAGGAAGAUGAUACCGAUGAGGCGUCGGGAUACAUUGUCGACUCGGGGGAGGAACCCAAACGCUCCACCAGGACAACGAGGGCGAGCACUGGAGCGAAGACGAAACCAGCGGUAGCAAAGGGAUCAGUAUUGACAGGCAAGAGAAAAUCAAAGCGCGCCUGAUGAUACCAGUGGUGUGAGCAGUGAUCGUCCCGCAACACACUCUAGACGACCAUGGAGACAGGAAUGACAGAUUCACAUCGCAGAAGAAGGAUACAUGCACAAAGGAAGACUCUAAUGACACUCAAUGACCAUCCAUUACUCUUAUCAUGAU